AUGGUUAAUGCUAUUCCACUUCAGAAAAGAGCAACUGUAUUUGGAAAAUGUCCUCCCAUACCUGAUUUACCUACUCAACCAGAAGAAAUCUCUGUAUCAAUUUCACCUGAUCCUGUCGUUCCUGGACAAACUGAUACUUUUACUGUUUCCGGAACACUAUCGAAAGAAAUCACCGAUGAAUACAAGCUUGUUAUCGCAUUGGCUGAUCUUUCAGGAAAAACUUACGCUGCUUAUUUUGAGGAUAUGCCUCCAACUAAACCCAAUACCCCAUUUAAUGUAGUAAAAACAGAAUCAAUACCAGAAGAUUUACCUCAAUCAUACGCUAUUGGGGUUGGUGUUACAACAUUAGCUAAUCCACCUGAUGUUAUUGGCUGUGCAUUGGCAGUUGUUGGUGGUUCCUCGUCUAAUAUCGCUUCAUUUCCUAUCGCUAUCCCAUAA